GCAACGUGCAGAUCUUCCACAACAACCGCUGGGGCAACAUCUGCGACGACGAAUGGGACAAGCGAGAGGGCGAAAUCGUGUGCAAAAUGCUGGGUUUCCCUGGACUCAAAAAGGUCACUCACAGCGGGAGAUAUGGUCAUGUCAGAGGAAGCUACUGGAUGGACAACCUGUUCUGCUACGGCACCGAGGAGAACCUGUCCGAGUGCCGCUUCGACGGCUGGGGCACCCACGACUGCGAGCUGGACGAGUCGGCGGGGGUCGUGUGCGAGACCCACUUCUCCACGUCCACGGUGGCACCGACGCUCCCUCCGAGGGACGAGCCCGUUAUCAUCAACAAGACGAAAUUAUCGCAUGCCAUUGAGGGCAAGACGCAGCUGAGACUCUUGGGUGGGCGGUCUGAACAGGAGGGCCGUGUGGAGGUCUUGCUCCCUGGAAGCAAUGGCACUUGGGGGCUCAUUUGUGGCGAUGGAUGGAGCCUUCUGGAGGGCAUGGUGGCGUGUCGGCAGUUGGGGAUGCACUAUGCCCAGGCAGCCAUAUCCACAGGUUACUUCGGAGGAAAUAAGAGUGACGUAGUCUUAAGUGGCAUCAAGUGCCAUGGUAAUGAAGACAAUAUUGACCAGUGCCUUCACGAAGACGUCGGGGAAGUAUUUUGCCCACAUCCAGGCUCAGACCCCAACAUCGCUGGAAUUACUUGUGUUUCCAAAAUAGCUGACCUGGUUCCUGAUCACUUGGAGCUGGCUCGUUCUGCUCAUUUGGAGGAUAAGCAGCUAUUUUUCCUUCAGUGUGCAAUGGAGGAAAAUUGCCUUGCACAGUCUGCAGUCAAAGCUCAGGAAAGCGGCUAUGGCUGGCAUCUGGACACGAGACGUCUCCUUCGUUUCACAGCACGUAUAGUCAACCAGGGAAAUGAGGCUUUCCGUCCCACUCUUCCAAAGCAGUAUUGGGAAUGGCAUGCCUGUCACAUGCACUAUCAUAGCAUGGAAGUGUUUGCUCACUACGACGUCAUAGACGCAGAAGGAAACAGGGUGGCUGAGGGGCACAAAGCCUCUUUCUGUCUGGAAGAUAACAACUGUGUUCCUGGGGUAGAACCGGUCUUCAAGUGUGCCAACUUUGGUGACCAGGGCAUUAGUCCUGGUUGCACGGACACCUAUGCGUACAACAUCGACUGCCAGUGGAUUGACAUCACUGACAUCAAGCCAGGCACUUAUACUUUUAAGUUAGCAGUAAACCCAGAGUUCAAGGUGGGAGAGAUGUCCUUCGAUAACAACGCGGCUGUGUGUGAACUCAUAUAUUCGGAGACUACUGCAUGGGUCGGCAAUUGUUCUCUCGCCCGGCCUUGAUUCUAUGUCAAAGGCACCACCUCAGACAGAGACCUCUUUUUCCCAAUAACUACAGCAUCUUCUGGUCUCUGAGAUUCACUAUGCAUGAGGCAAUAUCUGUUACUAAUGCUUUUGGCAUUUGUGAUGGAGGUCACGGCUCUGUGGUUGAAUCUUUUUGCAGUGUUUUCUUUUCCACAUUGGAGAAAGCAAGUGAACUGUACAGCUAACCCACUGGAUUCUGUGCCUUUACUACAAUCAGUGUGUUUGUAUAGCAGAAAGAAAGUGCUUCUAAAUCUAAAAAGUUAUGGCUAUUUAUGUUACUUCUUCAGCUUGAUGAUUUCCUUUGGGUAUUCACAUUGAAUAUCAAUUGUUUUAUCUUCUACAUCUGUCGUUUCUUAUUCUUUGUAAGGUGAAUAACAUUUUAGACUAUCCUUACAUAUACAUGAAUAUUUAUUAUCUACAUCUAUGGAUGCUGUAUUGAUCUUAUUCAUAUCAUGUACUAUGUAUCUGAAAAGCAGCAGAAUCUCAGGAACUAAAAAAAAAAUAAAGAAAAUAUGUUGAUGUUUAUGUUACUGAUGAUGUAGAUUCUCAAUUAUAUUUUCCAUUAUGCAUUAUACAUAUAAUUAGAUAGGGAUAAAUAUUACAUCUAUGUUCAGUUGUUCAUCUAAACUUGCGUUAAUAAUGCAAAUGCAUGACUACAUUUUUAUAUAAUAUGUAAGUUUUGUGAUUUUUGUCAUAACUUUUUUCUCCUUAUUGAUGAAAUCAUAUAUAUUGUUUUAAAAAUUAAUUGAACAAUUAUCAAAGAUAUUUGUUCCAGUGAUGUCUCCAGAAAGUAUUACAGUAUUUUUAGCAUUAUUAUAUUUCUAACUAUGUUAACAACAAGAUUUUGAAAUGGUUUUCAGCUGGCAAUAAACCCCGAAUUCAAAGUAGGAGAGAUGUCAUUUGACAACAAUGCUGCCAUCUGCGAAUUCAUUUACACUAAAACAAGUGUAUGGCUCGGGAAUUGCUCACUUACUCGACCUUAACAUGAAGGCUAGAGGGAUUGUUGUUGUUGUUUUUGUUUGUUGAACUGUACAUUCGUCUUAUCAAUAUUGUUUUUUGUUUUUUUCUUUUAUUCUGAUAAUGAAUACAAUAACAUGAAAGGGUAAUCAUCAAAAUACUUUCAUGGUAAUAAAGUGGUAUAUAUUAUAUAUAUAUGCAUCAAACAUUUUAAAAUAGAUGAAAUGUAAUAUAUAUAGGUAUUUUGAAAUUUAAAUUAAUAAUUCUAAUUGUGCUGAUAACUUCAGAAUGAGAUUUGUAUCCAUCAAUACUCUUAACCAGAUCAGGCUCUCACGGUAACCAAUUUCUUUAAUAAUAUACGGUAUGAUAGUAUUAGCCAGUAUCUGUAACUAGUCUUUGCCCAAACAUAUUAUUGGGUAAUAAACUCACUGCCACUUCACACACUAGUAUCUGUGUGUGCUUACUAUGUAGAUUAGUGUAUUUUUGCCGAAUAUUUAAAUAAAUGCUAUUGCCUUGUAACAUUCUUGGGAUAUUACUUACCAGUAGUAGGGUAGGAUAUUGUACUUAAUAAAUAUGUAAGUUAUAUUAACAUGUAACUUGAAUUAAUCUAUUAACCCCAAAAAAUAUGAUUUUUUAAAAAAACAAUUUUGCUCAUGAGAAUGUAUAUUUGAUAUUGACAUUUAUUUUUGUUUUUAGUCCUAAUUAUGAGAUUUUUUGCAUUUCCUUACUUGACGUAGAUAUUUAUGGGGGAAAUGUAUUUUGCAUAAUAAAAGGGUGUUAACAAGUA